UUGCCAUUUUUCAGGCGUAAAGCGAGCAUCGUCAAAACGUCCCUCGUCGAUAUCUUUUUCGUCAACAACGCAAUCCGCGAUUUCACCAGAAAUUACGCAGUUGCCGCGACGGCGUCGACGGUCAACUUUACCACGUGACAAAUGGGCUAGCAAAGUUGAAUUUUUAUUAGCUGUUAUUGGCUAUGCGGUUGAUCUUGGUAACAUAUGGCGAUUUCCAACAAUCUGCUACAGAUAUGGUGGAGGUCUGUUUAUUUAAAG